AUGUGUAGCCGCGUCGAGGAAGAUUUUACGGAUGGUCCUGUUCGUAAAUUAAAAUCGGAUAAAGUCAGAAUUUCAAGACUGUGCAUGAAAUGUGGUGAAAAUGAAGGCAAAGUUGUUAUACGAAUGAAUGAUCCUUUCUGCUGGGAUUGUUUUCUGGUAUAUGUUGUACACAAGUUUCGAGCUGUUAUUGGGAAAUCAAAACUCAUUAGAGAUGCAGAAGCUGUAUUGCUGGCAUAUUCAGGAGGUUCAUCUUCGUCAGCUCUUCUUCAUUUGGUUCAUGAUGGUAUGGAGAAAAGUAAGUUUAAGAAGUUGCGUUUCAAGGCAGACGUUGUCUACAUUGAUGAAGGUGCAACUUUUGGAUGGAAUUGGGAAAAGCGACAAGAAAUUGUGUUUCAUAUUGUAGACUUUUGCAAAUCAUUUGGUUUCACCUAUUACAUUACCUCGAUAGAACAGGUUUUCAAAUUAAUCCCACAUUCAAAAGGGAAAGAUUUGUCUGCAGUACCAACAGUAAUGAAGAAUUGCUGCCAAUGUGUACCUCAGAACCAGGACUUAGAAGAAAAAUUGCUGAAACUUUUGGACACAUGUAAAAAUUUGACUUUCAAGGAAAGGCUUGUUCAUCAUUUAAGAACUGAAUUGCUCAUUGCUGUUGCUCUGAUGACAGGAAAUAGCAAAGUGAUGCUUGGGACGAGUGGUAACCGUUUGGCGGUUCAGAUGUUAUCUGACAUUGCACAAGGUAGAGGAGCACAUGUUGCAUUGAACACAGGAUUUUCUGAUGCCAGAAAUGAAGAUAUAAUGAUUGUAAGGCCACUUAAAGAUUUCACAAAUAAAGAAGUGGCCCUGUACAACAGAUUUAAUUCUGUUGAAUCAGUGACGAGUACUUCAGUUACAACAAUGACAACAUCUAGAACAAGUAUUGAGAGGUUGACUGAGAAAUUUGUGACUGGUUUGCAAACAGAAUAUCCAUCUACUGUGUGCAAUAUUACUAGAACUGCAGAAAAACUAGACUCACAUUUGGGUCAUACAACUGAGUCACGAUGUGCCUUAUGUAAGGCUUGGUUAGACACUUCAGUUGACAAUGCCUCUGCUCUCAAUUCCCUCAGAUUAUCUCAUGUUUUAUCAAAAGGAGGUUCUUUAGUUCAGCAAAAUGGAAUCAUUAAUGGACAUGAUUCUGAUGAUCUCUCAGACCUUUUGUGUUAUGGCUGUCAGGCAGUUGUCUCCCAAUUGGCAAGUGCAGAUUACCUUCCACAACAUAUGAAAAAGAGUGAGAAACAGCAAAAUCUCAGGUUGUUGCAGAAAGAAUCCAUCCAGAACUUCCUCAUAGAUGAAAGUUAA